AGGCUCGAGCGCAAGCGACAAAGCGCAGGCGCUCGGUGACCCAAACCGGAGCCAGAGAGGCCGACACGGCGGCGUCUCUGCAGCACGCGACCACUGUUGCACGAUGAUGUCGGCCUUGCGGGCCCCUGUCCCCGCCAGCGCCGCACUCCAGGAUGCCUACCCCAUGAGUUUCGACCAGGCGGGCGUCCCCGCUGUCGUGACCCCCGAGAGCUUCGGCGCCAGCUAUGGGGCCCCGACGCCCGCCGCGUGGCUGCACGCGGGCGAGUUCCCGCAUGAGCCGAUGCGGGUGCGCCUGGUCGGCGUCGGGCUCCCCUUGCCGCGCGAGGAGGAGGUCCCGUGGCCGGCGCGCCUGGCGCAGACUGCGGGCUCGGGCUCCGAGCACGGCAACAGCAGCUCCGAGCGCCCGUUCGAGCCGCGGACGCGCGCGCAGAGGCGUCGGAUGCAGCGCCGGAUGCAGAAGGAGUUCGGCCGGAAGGAGGCGGCGUCGGCCGACCCGCCACAGGCCUCCGCGGCUGCGGACGGCCCUCCGGGUGUGUUCGCCCAGCCGGCCAUGGCGGCCCACGUCGUCUGAUCUGCUCGGGCGCAGGGCCAGACAGCGUAGGCCCGUGUGCUGUGGACCAGCAGCAUCUCAGAGGAUCGGAAGGCCAGGGGGGGGGGGCGUCGUGGAGGGAGAGGAGGACUGCAGACGGGCCGAGGAUGAGUGGCGAAGACCUCUCUCUCUCUCUCUCCGGCUAAGCCACGAGCGGCCAAGACCAUGUGCAUGAGGAGUGGCCAAGACCAUCUUCAGAGCCACUGACCACGACCACGAGGUGAUCAGUGCGCAGCAGCCGUGCCCAAGGGCGGUGGUCGUUCUGUUCCGGCCCAGUGCUGCACGGAGCGACCAUGAGGGGAGCACGAGGCCUCGGGCCCAGAGGAUGGUCGGGAGGGCGCUGCGGGAGGUGCGAUGCGGCAAUGACGGGCAGGUCUAGUCCCGUGUGCCCUUGUCUGCCUUUGCGCCCGCUAUUUCUUGGCCCGGCGGACUGCCGGGCCUGGCGGCCGUGUUCGAGGCCUGCAAUAGUUUUCAAUUUGCUUGCCAAGGCAGUCCGUUUAAGUUAUACUUGUGAAGUCGUUAUAAUUUCAUUCGAAACGGGGGUACCGUCACGGGUACCGUCGCGAUGCUGGUUCGAUUUGUCGCCACAGCAGGCAAGAGACGGAUGCGUACGCAUGUUUCGCCUGUCGCUGGCACACUUGUACGCAAGAUCAGCCCGUGCACUGUCAUGCAAAUCGGUGCGGAUCGUGUGGACGAUCUCGGCUUACUCAGGAGAGCAUGAUAUUUGGAUUCCUUCCUCGUCGAUUCCUCCUCCUCCGCCUCCCCGAGUGGCCCCCUGCCCGCCGACACGGGGGCACAGGUAGGACCCAGGUGCGAAGUUUAUCUGCAGGUGCUGCUGAUAGAGAGAGCAGCGACCCAGCGGCCAUAUAGUUGUGCUGGGUCUGCCCCUCGCGCGAAAUCAAUGGCAUUUUCUUCCCAAGGCCACCUGGUUGAUUUCAGAGUUCUUGUAAGGCUCAUCGUAGCUCACUGAUUGCGGCAAGUGCGGCCGUUUUGCUGAGUCGAAUCCGAGGCAGCGCACCAAAGAAUGUCCAUGGACCCUCCUCAUUUGCAAGAGGUGCCCCAAACGCGGCCGUUGGCCUCCCGUUCUGCACGAACGCCCGAAAGCCAUCCCCACGUACCGGCGCUUGAAGCAGCAGACGGGCUCGCGGAGGCAGGCGCCACCCCACCACCAGCUCCGAAGAGGGCAGGGCAGGGCGGGGCCAGAAUCCACUGAAGGACCCC